AUAUAUUAAAAAGAAAAAUAUUGGCGAAAAUGUAACUACUAGAACUUCUCUAUUUAUUAAGCUUUCCCGCCUCACGAACCUGUUGGUUCAAGUAGAGUAGCGAGAACAGUGAGUCUUCAAAACCGUUGCCAUGGCUUCGACUUCUAAUUCCAAACCAAUCGACAAUAGCCGAGAAGAAGGCAGCGUCCUUACUUCUCAUUUCAAGAAAACACAGGUUUCCCUACGUGACUGGUGGUUAAUAAAAUCCGACAGUGACAAUGACUUCCAAGGGAAAAGACUUGCUGUUGCUGGCUUCGCUUGUGGGGAGCAACAAGCAUUGCGUGUGUUUCAUUCUGCACCUAUUACCAAAAGAUUUGAUGUUUUUACUCUUGAAACAGCUGAUGGUAUUAUUGUCAUUUUCCAAGGUUUCAUUAACAGGCAGAAAACUAUUGCAAAUGGGUUUUCCUCUCAGAAGAUUAAUCAUACUGCUGAACAGGUUUUUGAUCACUUCUUGUUUGGGUUUCCUCCUUGUUGGGAAGAAUAUGCUGAGAAUUGCUUCAAACAAUCUAGUUUCUCAGUUAGUCCAAAAGAAAAUGAUAUUGGUAAUGUAGAUAAUGAUGCCACAAAAAAUAUUAUACCAUCAUCAAGUUGUACCAAAAAUGCUGUUAACUUAAUGGAGGAUAACAGAGCAGUAGAAGCAGAACCUUCGGGCAAUCAUGCAGUAGACUCUUUUGAAAGGUUAGAUGAUUCUGAUAGCAACAAGAGAAGCAAGAAGUCCAUUGGAAAGUCAAAAACUGUACCAUCAGCUAGUUUAGGAAGUAUCACCACCAAGAAUGCUGCAUCAGAAGAACGUUCAACACUCCAAGGUGCUGGUAUGGAUAAUUCUAAUGAAACCAGUUUUGACCACACAGCAAGAAUUCAAGCUAAAUAUCUAGUCCUAGGCCUUCAGGCUGCCUCCCUCAUUCGGCCAAAGAUAUCAGAGAAGAUGAAAAAUCAAACUCAUGUAAACAAGGACGGCUUGAAUAGUGGAAUUACAAAUUUCUCAACUACUUCUCUACCUCAAGAUUCUGAGGCUGUAUUAGGAUGUAUUAAUGAGGAAGAAAUAAUACGUGAUGAAGCUGUAUUAUCACCCACUGUUGGAGAUUCUAGUAUUUUAGAACAACCUUCAAAUAAAUUUGAGGAUAUUACAAUGUUUUCCAGUGUGCAGACUGUUGGAGAUGUGAAUAAUGUUUCUCCAUCUGCAACAGGAAGGGGCUCAAUGGAUGCUAUUCCAAGUAUUUCCGGCUUUCAAAAACAUAACAGGCGCGCGGGUGAUCUUGAUAGGAAUAAGAAUUAUAAACCUGUGUCUGGAUGUUCAGUGAAGCAGAAAAACAAAGAAUCGACAUCACAGAUUGACCACCAAGACAAAAAGAGACUGAAGAAGUGUUCAUAUUCAACUCAUCAGUCAGAAUUGGACACACCACAGGCUAUGCUAAAGUCUGCAAGAAGGUUGAAAAAACCAUCAGAGAAUUUGGAAAGUAAGGAAAAGAAUGAACAACUAUCACUCAAGCGAGGAGGCUCAUCCAUGAAGAAAGCUAGAAGGAAAAUUUUUUUUGAUACGCAUGUAACUCCUUGUACUCAGAAAAGCAGAGAGGAAAAGGGUAUUCUUUUUCUGGAAUUCUCGAGUCUUAAAAGAUCUAGAUCAGGGAGAUUACUUUUGCCUACCCUAGAUUUCUGGCGCAACCAAAUUCCGGUUUAUGAUGCGGAUCGUAAUAUCACUGGAAUCCAGCAAGAAUUAAACCCACCUAAAGGGAGUAAAUUGGACCCUCGGAAGAAGCAAAAGCGAAGGCCAAAAUCAACAUGAGCGCCAGUGACUGCAAGCCUUGGAGAUCAGUGUGGUGCCUAGUAUCUUGUUGCAAAUUAAUGAGACAUGAAUCUUGGGGAAAGAGUAGCGUGAUACUUCAUAUAUUCAAAAUUAAGUUGGCCUGCAGAUUGGCUCUGGGACCUAAUCCAGGAAUUGCAUUAUAUGCCUUACAUGUCGAUUUAUUCAGGCAUAAUCUUUCUAUUUCCAUGUGUUCGACAAAUAUCUGGUAAUCUCUGUAAUUAUUAGAACCCAGGCUUGCUUGUCUAGUAUUCUCUGUGUAAUUGUUUAUGCACGAAAGAACUUUAACGGUGAUCCUGAUAAAUGUCUAACUCUAGCGUUUUGUGCCCAAAA